GGAAGAUGGCGACGCCCCUCGGGUGGUCGAAGGCGGGGUCAGGAUCUGUGUGUCUCGCUUUCGAUCAACUGCGGGACGUGAUUGAGUCUCAGGAGGAACUAAUCCACCAGCUGAGGAACGUGAUGGUUCUCCAGGACGAAAAUUUUGUCAGUAAAGAAGAGUUCCAGGCAGUGGAGAAGAAGCUGGUGGAAGAGAAAGCUGCCCAUGCCAAAACCAAGGUUCUCCUGGCCAAGGAAGAGGAGAAGUUACAGUUUGCCCUCGGAGAGGUAGAGGUGCUGUCCAAGCAGCUGGAGAAAGAGAAGCUGGCCUUUGAAAAAGCGCUCUCCAGUGUCAAGAGCAAAGUCCUACAGGAGUCCAGCAAGAAGGACCAGCUCAUCACCAAGUGCAAUGGAAUCAUAUGUCUGACUUCCGGAUCCAGAGGCAGCAGGAGAGCUACAUGGCCCAGGUGCUGGACCAGAAGCAUAAGAAAGCCUCAGGGACGCGUCAGGCCCGCAGCCACCAGCAUCCCAGGGAAAAAUAAAAUGGCCGCCGCUUUCCUGUUCUCUGGCUGUAUUCCCCAGCCUCUGCCUUCUCUGCUCUGGGAGUCACCAGCCUCUAUCCCCUGCUACUUCCCUCCCUCUUGGGUAGUGGUGGGGGUCCACAAGGUGGGGCUUGUAGCCUAGGGGAGGAGCUGGGUCUUUGUUGUCUGGUAGGCACCGCUGCUUCCUUUGGGUGUUUAACCCCUUCCUAUAUAAACAGCCCUGGUCAUCCAGUAACA